AUGAGCCGGACGUUGACGAGCCGGCAGGCCGAGGAGCUGCAUAAAUCCAUCAUCGCAUACCUCGCCGCAAAUAACCUGCAAGAUAGCGCAGCUGCCAUGAGGACGGAGCUUGGUCUUGGAGAGGAUAUCUUUGAUCCAGCCACCGCUAAGAAAUACGAAACCCUGCUGGAGAAGAAAUGGACGAGUGUCGUGCGGUUACAAAAAAAGAUCAUGGAUCUAGAAGCACAGAAUCAGACACUCCAGGCAGAACUUAAUAGCGCUACACCGACAUCUCUCUCUAACCGCAGAGGAGAUCCCUCUUCUUGGCUCCCAGCUGGUCCUCCACGACACGUCCUACAGUCGCAUCGAACGCCAAUUAACUGCGUUGCCUUCCAUCCUAUUUUCUCCUCCAUCGCGUCCGGAGACGAAGAUGCCACUAUCAAGAUUUGGGAUUGGGAAUUUGGCGAGCUUGAAAGGACGGUGAAAGGACACACUAAGGCGGUUCUCGAUCUCGAUUACGGCGGUCCGAAAGGUCAUACACUGCUCGCAUCUUGCAGUUCUGAUUUAACCAUCAAGCUUUGGGAUCCCUCGAACGAAUACCAAAAUAUUCGAACACUACCUGGCCACGAUCAUAGCGUAAGCGCCGUCCGAUUUAUACCGUCUGGAGCUCCUGGGGCACCGUUAUCCGGCAAUCUGCUCGCGAGCGCCAGUCGAGAUGUUACGGUGAGGAUAUGGGAUGUUACGACAGGAUACUGCGUCAAGACGAUACGAGGACACGCCGACUGGAUUCGCGACGUGUCUCCGUCCUUGGAUGGAAAAUAUCUACUAUCGACCGGCAACGACCGAACAGUGCGGCUUUGGGAUAUUUCUGUACCGAACCCGGAAGCCAAACUCGUCAUGAUUGGCCACGAACAUUUCGUCGAAUGCUGUACUUUUGCGCCGCCUGCAGCAUACUCGCAUUUGGCUACUUUGGCUGGAGUCAAGAAACCGCCCCCAGCUAGCAGUACGGCUGAAUUUAUGGCAUCCGGAGGCAGAGACAAGACGAUUAAGUUGUGGGACGGUAGAGGAACUUGUAUCAAGACCUUGAUAGGUCACGACAAUUGGGUGCGAGGUCUUGUGUUUCACCCGAGCGGAAAAUUCCUUAUUUCCGUAUCCGACGACAGGACAAUUCGAUGUUGGGAUCUAAGCCAAGAAGGAAAGUGUGUGAAGACUGUUGAGGGAUCGCACGAACAUUUCAUCACAAGUUUGAGAUGGGCGCCGCCUAUCAUCAAGGAUAAGGGUCCAGCCGAUGAGGCCAAUGGAGAUGUCGGUACUCCGAAGAAGGCGGCGGCAGCAGCACAAGAUGUUCAGAUCCGCUGUGUCAUUGCUACCGGAAGUGUGGAUAUGUCUCUUCGAAUCUUUUCGCGGUAG